AUGAUAAAUUUUACGAUGGUGUCGUCAGAUGUGAUCAAAUAUGUGGCUGUGCCUGUGUCUUUAGCAGUUGCGCUGGGAUUAAUACGGAAAUGGAGAUCGAGGAAUUGGGCAAAGUGUACGAGCAAUACUUGUUUAAGGGGCAAGACCUUUCUUAUUACGGGUGCCAAUAGUGGUAUCGGAUUGGAAACCGCACGAGCUCUGGUGAAGAGGAAGGCUCGCGUGAUAUUUGCUUGUAGAGACAUCGAUAAAGCAAAGAAAGUGGUCGCAGAAAUUCGAUCAGAAUGCGACGGCGGCGAAUUGAUACCAAUGCAAUUGGAUCUUGCAUCGUUCACGUCGAUAGAAAAGUUCGUAGAUGUUGUGAAGGCAGGAUUUUAUAAAAUUGAUGUAUUAAUCAACAAUGCAGGUGUGGCCACACCUUUACAGUUAGACAUGAAGACAGAAGAGGGUUUUGAAAUACAUUUGGGUGUUAACCACUUGGGACACUUCUAUCUCACAAAUUUAUUAAUUGAUUUGUUAAAAAAAGCUGCUCCGAGUCGAAUUGUAAUAGUCACAUCAACCUUACAUGAGAAGGGAAAACUGGAUUUCGACAAUCUGUACAUAGAGGAUAAAAUCGAGAAGGCCAAAUUAGGAAAACGUUAUCGCCACAACCCUGGUUACUGUAACUCAAAACUCAUGAAUCUAUAUCACGCACGAGCAUUGGCUGCGAAAUAUAGGAAUUCAGGAACAGAUGUGUAUGCUUGUUGCCCAGGAUUCUGUUAUACUAAUUUGUUCAGAGAUGUAGUUCAAUGGUAUCACUAUGUUAUCUUGGCACCCGUUGCAUUUUGGUACAUGAAAUCAGCUAAACAGGGUGCAGAAACGGUGUUACACUGUGCAACAGAUUAUCGUCUGGAGGGUCAUACUGGGAAGAUGUACCGCAAUUGUACCGAAUACACAUCCACAUAUCGCUUCAGUAAAGAAGAAGAAACAAAGCUAUGGGAAGUCAGCGAAGCUCUUGUCAAAGCUAGAAGACCUAUUUAA